AUUGCAUAAAGACUGAUAUGAACACUUUGUUCCCCAGUCUAUUUCAGCUAAUGAGAAAAUGAUAAAGUGGGUUAGAAAGCUAAGUUUCUCCUGGAAAUUAACUUACUCAUCAGGAAAUCAACAUUCCACUGCAAAGCAAGCAUCAGUGAGGAGGGCAGUACUUACACCAAGAGUAUAAAUACUGUACAAUAACAUUCUUUAGGUUGUGUGCUUAUGGAGAGACUGAUGGAGCUCUAACCCAUUGACACGUCCCCUUUGCUGAUUCAUUGAUCUGCUUUUAAACACAGGGAAGGAAGCAAAAUCUUUCCAGUCUCCAGCAGCAGAACAGAGACAGCACAGCUUUGGGAUUGUACAAAACAACCAAGGCAUCAUGAAGUGGAAUUCAUUCAUCAUUUUCUCUUCAUUUGCAAUAACUUUGGUUUAUGGGCAGUGUCCAAGUGAAUGUAUAUGCCCUAGGCCUGGCCAGGUGGAUUGUUCUGGACCAGACGUAUUAGCGAUUCCGCAUAACAUUCCUCAGAACAUCAGAACCCUGCAGAUAGUCAACACUGAAGUUACAGAGCUACCAAAUGGCAUUCUUCAGAACAUGACUGCUUUAUUGAUUUUAAGGAUUGAAAAAAAUGAACUGUCUACCGUGGGAUCCACAGCAUUUCACAACCUAAUAUCUCUCCGAUAUCUCAGUCUGGCAAACAAUAAACUCCAAGAAUUGCAUGGCAAUUUGUUUAAAGACUUGGCAAAACUGGAGACACUUAUUUUGUCUAACAACCAAAUCAACCAGAUCCAUCCUUCACUGUUUACAGCUUUAAGUAAUGUGAAAGAUCUUCAGAUGCUUGGAAACAACCUGGAGUCCAUACCAGUAGGAGCUUUUGACCAGAUGAGUGGGCUCCUUAAACUAAAUUUAGCUAAAAACACUAUCAAAAACUUACCUCCCCAAGCUUUGGACAAUCUUGCUAAACUUCAAACCCUCCGACUGUAUGAAAAUCAGCUCCAAGGUAUUCCAGCAGGAUUCCUAAAGAAACUUAUCAGCCUUCAGGAAGUUGCGUUACAUAGCAAUAAAUUCAAAGAACUCUCUGCAGAUACCUUCUCUGGCAAUCCAUAUUUGCAGAAAGUUUUCUUAUCAAAUAAUGAGGUUGAAACACUGCCACAGGGUAUAUUUCUGAAUUUACCUGAGCUCACUAAGCUAACGCUAUAUGGAAAUGCACUGAGAGAGCUUACCACAGGAGUAUUUGGUCCUAUGCCAAAGCUAAAAGAACUCUGGCUUUAUGACAACCAACUUGAAAAACUUACAGAUAAUGUAUUUAGUAACCUUACAGAGACAGUGUUGCUAGUUAUAAGUAAGAACAUGAUCCAGUCCAUCUCCACUCAUGCUUUUUGCGGACUGGAAGAACUUCAGGAGCUUUCACUGCACACCAAUAUUCUUACAACUUUGGAUCAAGAUGUUCUCAAAUGUUUACCUAAGCUGCAGAAUAUUUCCCUUCAUAGCAACAAGAUUGAAUAUCUCCCAGACGGCCUCUUUAAAAACAUGGACACUGUAAUGAACAUACAGCUGCAAAACAACUCAUUGGAGAAUAUUCCAGAUGGCUUUUUUGACUCGUUGGUACAGCUACAUGAAGUGAAACUUUAUGAAAAUCCAUGGAAAUGUGACCACAAUCUCCUCUCUUUAAAAAACUGGAUAUCUGAAAACAUGAAUAAACUUGGCAACCUUAGUCAAUUAGUCUGCACCAAUCUGCCUUUCAAUGGUAUCCCAAUUUCUGAACUAAGUGAGCAGCAAUUAACAUUUCAGGAUUUUACAGAGGAGCCAGACUUGUUCCAGUCCACAUCCAACUAUGACACAAGUAGUCCUGAAAAACAUCAUACUGCCACUCCCCCCAGACUUACAGGCACAACCGCGAGUAGUGAUUUAGAUGAUGUUUUUAUGGUGGAUGAAACUCUUGUGCCAGAUGAUGACACAAAAGACCAUGGUAGAGGUAACAUGGCGGGAGGCGUUAUAAUUGCAAUAAUAAUUUUGUGCUGCAUAGCACUUGUGGCUGCUGCAAUUGCUUGCAUACUAUUCAACAGAAGGAAGAAAAGCCACGUGGUUCGUAUGAGAAUGAAACAACAGAAUGAAUCAAAUAAAAAUGGUGAAUGCUAACAAUACAUUGCUAAUGUGCUGUUUCCUUAAGGAAACAAAUUGUUUUUGUAUGAUAGGAAACAAAUGAACUAUUCAACUAGGAAAUUUGUAUUUUUCUGUGUUUUACAAUUGCUGAUAGUGGGUUCUGGGUCGUGUGACAGCAAGGGUAUUGUAUAUUUUGUUGAAAAAGAAGUCCAAGAUGGCCAUGGAAGAAUGAAAUGUAUAAGGGUAUUUUAUUGCAUAUGCCCCUGAAAUUCUUUUUAGAGUUUUGAGCAUAAACUUAUGCAUAUUAAGCAAUAAUCAAAGGGACCAUAAUAGGUGCUAAUCAGCUUAGUCUUGAUGCCAUGCUAUUGCUCAUUUACCAGUUUUUAAUAUUGCCCAAAAUAAUGUCCAAAAUAAUAAUUGCAAUAAGUCAUAAAAUAUGUUAAUGGAAUAAAAAAUAGAAUUUCAUAGUGUAACCAUGUUCUCUACACAGUGAAUUUUAAUUAUGCAUUUUGCUGAUACUUUUUUGGCACCAGAUAACUGCUUUUUCAUUAAGACGGUUUAUUGCAGUCACUGCUCACAUAAAAGCAUUUUUUUUUCCUUUUUUCAUGGGAGUUGAGAGUUCACAAAGCAAGCAGAGGAAAAAUUGUUCGCAUUAGACAUUUUUUCACCCAUGAACUACAUAUAUGAGUAUAUUUCUAAAUCUAGCGUUAAGAAGCUUGGUGCUAAUGAACUUAACGUAGAAAGCUAUUUUAUUAGUAGAAAUGAUAACUCUGGGAAGUGUGAAUUGUGGAAAUGAUACAUACAUAUUUAUAUUGUACUUUGCAUUUAUUUAUAAUAUAUUCAUUGGCGUCAAGGCAUUGUUAGAUAUAUAUUUGCUACAAAAUAAGGGCUUCUUCUGAUUUCUGUGCAAUUAACAUUUAUAACAAUCCUUUGGAUUAAUGUAAUACACUGCAAUGUUUCCUGGGUCUAUUGGCCCAUUUUAACUGCCCGGUAAAUGCCAGUAAAUGUAAGUCAUUGGUUGCUAUAAGUGGCUAGACUUUUAGCAACUUGUAUUACAUUUCCCCCAAUGUGUAUACAUAUUUUCAAUACUAUAUAAACCUUCUAUAGCCCAUCAAUUGCAUAUGACUGUAUAAUUUUUAUGAAAAACUCAUGUACCAGUUUUGUGCAAUCCCUUAAUAAAUUAACUAUAGCAAGAACAGCAAUGGAUGUAUGAAGCCAUGCCACUUUGCAGCCAAUGUUACCUCUGAGCCAUGUUCAAGCAUUAGUAUACAAAAUUUGAGAUCAGCACACAAGAAUUUUUGUUAGGACCACAUACUUUUACAUGAACCACCCACUUUCUUGGAACAAUGGUUUUUAAAGGUGUGCAGGGAUCCUGGGUUUUGCAGUUUAAGAACAGCUGGUUGGAUAUCUCUGAACCAGACAGUAUCAGAAAAAAGUCUAAACUGUAACCUCAGGCGGUUGUGCAGUCGGGUGGGGGGGGGGCUAGGGGCACACAGUUUUUAAAUUUUGCCCUGAGGGUUUGUAUUUAAAUAUACAGUUAUGUAAUGUGCAAUGGGUAAUGUACAUCAGCUCUGUGCAAACUGUUUUAGACUUGACUAGAAACAAAUCCAUAUUCUGAUACUAUUACUCAUGCUGGGAUGCUACAUGGUAGUGAUUUUGUUUUAUUAUAAAGAGGAAAUGAUUAAACCCCAAAUCCCUAAAUGCUAGCCAUCAGAGACACUACAUUCUCAGGCUACACAAAAGUCUUGCAUUGAUCCACUUUUAUUUAAAGACAAUUGAGGCUAUACCCAUAAAGAAUGAAAGAUGGCGUUCGUACUAAACAAAUAAAGCAUAGAAUCUGGGGCUGUGGGCACACCAGUCAUAGGGCAGAGGAGCAUUUCCUACCACAGGAAUUCCAUGGAAUGUAAGAACAAUUGAAGUAGAAAUCAAUUGGAGGAGUCAAGCUGGCACAGUAGGGGAGCAGGUUUCGGAGGAAAAAUCUAACUUAAAAAUGAUGGCAUGGCAACCACUAAUAAUAAGCUUACAUUUUUCUACAUAAAGAUCUAUAAAUAUUGUUGGGGUUUCAAAAGGGGUUCAUUACUGAGAAAGUACCUUUUAUACUACUUUUUACACCUGCAUACAAGGUAAAACUGUUUAAAUAAAAUUUUACACAUCCCUUUGCUAAAUAUGUAUUUUGUGGAAUAAAUAACGUUUUCUAUGUUUUUUCUACAUUUAUGUAAAUAUUGUGCAGCUACUGAAUUUAUUCAGUUAUGUAUUGUUACCUUGUUUUUAAAUAAAUUUUUAAUAUUC